AUGACACAAUCAAUGAAAAUCAUUGAUGCGCUUCACAUUAUUGUAUAUCAAAUUGAUCAGUUGGUAAGGAAUAUGCCGGAUGAUGAAUAUCGGACAAAAUAUUCCGCAGCACAAAAGAUGCAAUUGUUGAAAUCACAACAGGCAAAAUUGGAAGUUCGAGCAAUGCCUGCACAUUCACAAUUAAAACUUAAAGCACAUGACAAGAAAACGAAAAAGAAACGAAAGAAGGAAAUAGCAAAAAAGAAAUCUCGAAAAGUAAAACUAUCAUUGGAUGCAGCUGAUUCAAGCAGUUCGUCGAAAUCAAAAAUAUCAACUGGUAGCAGUGCUGCUAUACCACGAUCACCACUACAUAAAAGUGACGUACAGCUGCCAACAUCAAAAGAUGAAGAAGAAAAUGCUCUGAAAUGGAAACAUCGAACAAAAUACAUUUAUGAAACUGAACGCAUUUCAUUAAAGCUUAAAGAAAUAGCUGCAGAAUGUACGAAAGAUAUUGAAUUACAAGCUGCAAUGAAUGAUAUUAUUGCAAGAAUAGAUACAUUAAAAAAAGCUCGCGAUGAAUAUUAUCAAUAUGUGCAAGCACAAAAUGAUAUAUUUGAUAAACAAAUUAAAUUACUGGAUGAAUUGCAAACAAUGCAAAUACGAGAACUAACCAAUAAAGUACAUCGAUUAAGUGAUACAUUCAAGAAUAUUGAUGCUAAGCUAUCCGUCAUUAAAGCAAAAUUGCAAAAUAUUACCAAUCAUCGAGCUAAAAAAACAUUAAUACAAAGUUUCAUUGAAGUUAAAGGUCAUUUGAAUAAAAUGAUUUGUAUGAAUUAA